GUGACGUCACCCAGAGGCGGAAAUGAAAGAACUAGUUACUGGGUUCUCUUUCAUUCAGGGUGGCUUUUUCGGGCGCGAUGGAGCCGUCUGGAGUUCUCAGCGCGGAGGCCCUGCGGGAGCGGCUGCUUCAAGGACUUGAGGCCGAGCAUGUGGAGGUAGAAGAUACUACCCCUGGGCGCUGUGCUACAAGCUUCAAAGUUUUGGUAGUUUCUCCAUGUUUCCGAGGAAAAGCACUAUUACAACGACACCGACUGGUCAAUGAACUCUUAUCUGAAGAGCUGAAGCUUAUUCAUGCCUUUGAGCAGAGAACACUGACUCCUGAACAGUGGGCAAAGGAACAAGAAGCUAAAUGAAACAAGGUUCCCCCUUUUCUUCAGUGACAAAAGCAGCAAAUAAUACAAAGACCAAAAACUCCAAGAUGAUAAAGAGAGAGCAGUGAACUGAACUUAGCAAUGCUGGAAUUGCUUUAGGGGAAGCACUGUGAGAGUUUGAAAAAGCAUGAAGCAGAAAAUAAAACCUGAGAAAGAUUAUGAGUUAA